AGCAACUGUUUACAUUACAUUAGAUAUAAGUAUGCUAGAGAUUAUUUAGGAUGUACAUAAAUUAUAUGAAAAUAUUAUACCAUUUUAUAUAAGGGACUCAAGCAUCUGUGGAUUUUGGUAUUCUCAGGGGUCCUGGCACCAAUCCCCAGGUGAUACUAAGGGACAACUGUACCGGGUAUAUUUGAAUGAAAUUCACUAGUUUUCCAUUCAUGUCACUUUUCCUCCCUGGAAUUUAGUCUGAAUUCCACUGGGCAUUUGGUUGUCAUGUUGCCUUACUCUUUGCUAAUCAGUGGCCACUUGUGCAAUCUUUGCUUGCCUUUCAUGGCCUACUGCUUGCACAGAGGACUGGCCAGUGAUUCUGUAUGUCUCUCAAUUUGACUUUCUGAUAUUUUCUGGUAUUAAUUGAGAUAGUCAUAUUUAAAGAUGUGUAAAUUUUCAGGAGAAUGCCUUACGUACCUUUUUUAGUGCAUCAAGUUGUGAUAAUUGAUGUUACUAUGUCAAAAAGUUUGUGAAAAAGUGGAAUUAAAAGAUAAGUUUAUUUUGGUGCAAAAAUAUUUGAAAUCCAUAUAUAAUUUUAUAACGUGUAUUUCCCAUGAACUUUUGGAAGAACCUUCAUAUGUUACAAUGGUAUUAACCUUUUGAUUACCUGGUUAAGAUAUUGUCACCCAUAGUAAAAUUGCUAUUUUUUUACUUUAUAAUUAUUAACUAUUUUAGGGGAAAAGCCUUGAGUCUGUGCAAAUAUCUUGUUUCUCUUCAAUCUUUUGCACACUAAUUUUAAAAUUCAUCCAGUUAAUGCAGUAAGGCAAGAAAAAGAAGUAAGAAGCAUGCAAUGGAGAGCAUUGGGCUUUGUGGUGAAGAUGCCACUUGGGAUGCCUGCACCCCGUAUUGGAGUACCUGGGUUCAAGUUCAACAUCACACCUUGUUCCAGCUUCCUGCUAGUGUACAACCCCAGAGGCAGCAGAAUGUGAAACAUGUUGCAGAAGCAUUCAAGAAGUAGCUGAAGAAGGAAGAAGUGCCACUGCCUAUCAGAAAAGCAAAACAAAACAAAACAUGGGAAACACAACCACCAAAUUCCGUAAAGCACUCAUCAGUGGUGAUGAAAACCUGGCCUGCCAAAUAUAUGAAAACAACCCUCAGCUGAAAGAAUCCCUUGAUCCAAAUACAUCUUACGGGGAGCCCUACCAGCACAAUACCCCACUGCACUACGCUGCUAGACAUGGAAUGAACAGGAUAUUAGGGACUUUUCUUUUUGGUAGAGAUGGAAAUCCAAAUAAACGGAAUGUGCACAAUGAGACAUCUAUGCAUUUGUUGUGUAUGGGGCCUCAAAUUAUGAUCUCUGAAGGAGCCCUUCAUCCUCGCUUAGCGCGCCCCGCGGAAGACGACUUCAGGAGAGCGGAUUGUCUGCAGAUGAUCCUGAGAUGGAAAGGAGCGAAGCUGGACCAGGGAGAAUACGAGAGAGCGGCCAUCGAUGCCGUGGACAACAAGAAAAACACAGCCCUGCACUAUGCUGCCGCCUCGGGGAUGAAAGCCUGUGUUGAGCUUUUAGUAAAACAUGGAGGAGACUUGUUUGCUGAGAAUGAAAAUAAAGAUACUCCUUGUGAUUGUGCUGAAAAGCAGCACCACAAAGAUCUGGCCCUCAAUCUGGAGUCUCAGAUGGUGUUCUCACGGGACCCUGACGCUGAAGAAAUCGAAGCGGAAUACGCCGCGCUAGACAAACGAGAGCCGUACGAAGGAUUGAGGCCGCAGGACCUGCGCAGGCUGAAAGACAUGCUUAUUGUGGAGACUGCGGACAUGCUGCAGGCCCCCCUGUUCACUGCUGAAGCUUUGCUUCGCGCUCACGACUGGGACAGGGAGAAGUUACUUGAAGCGUGGAUGUCCAACCCAGAGAAUUGCUGCCAGCGAUCAGGUGUACAGAUGCCAACUCCACCACCAAGCGGGUACAACGCCUGGGACACACUGCCUUCUCCAAGAACUCCAAGGACCACACGCUCUUCUGUCACCUCUCCCGAUGAAAUCAGCUUAUCUCCUGGGGAUUUGGACACCAGUUUGUGUGACAUUUGCAUGUGCAGUAUCUCUGUAUUUGAAGACCCAGUGGAUAUGCCCUGUGGACAUGACUUUUGUAGAGGAUGUUGGGAGUCGUUUUUGAAUCUAAAAAUUCAAGAAGGUGAAGCUCACAACAUUUUCUGCCCUGCGUACGAUUGCUUCCAGCUGGUGCCUGUGGACAUCAUAGAGAGUGUGGUUUCUAAGGAGAUGGAUAAACGGUACCUACAGUUUGAUAUUAAGGCCUUUGUUGAAAAUAAUCCUGCCAUUAAAUGGUGUCCUACCCCAGGCUGUGAAAGAGCAGUCAGACUCACGAAGCAGGGGUCAAGUACAUCGGGAUCUGAUACACUGAGCUUUCCACUGCUGAGAGCUCCUGCUGUGGACUGUGGAAAAGGACACCUCUUCUGCUGGGAGUGCCUUGGUGAAGCACAUGAGCCUUGUGACUGCCAGACAUGGAAAAAUUGGCUACAAAAAAUCACUGAAAUGAAACCAGAAGAACUGGUUGGAGUUAGUGAAGCUUAUGAGGAUGCUGCCAAUUGUCUCUGGCUGUUAACCAACUCCAAGCCCUGUGCUAACUGUAAGUCUCCAAUACAGAAGAACGAAGGCUGCAAUCACAUGCAGUGUGCCAAGUGCAAGUAUGACUUUUGCUGGAUUUGCCUAGAAGAAUGGAAAAAGCAUAGUUCUUCCACUGGAGGGUAUUACAGAUGUACUCGCUACGAAGUCAUUCAGCACGUGGAAGAGCAGUCCAAGGAAAUGACUGUGGAGGCUGAGAAAAAACACAAACGGUUUCAGGAGCUUGACAGAUUUAUGCACUAUUACACGAGAUUUAAAAACCAUGAGCAUAGUUAUCAGUUAGAACAACGCCUUCUUAAAACAGCCAAAGAAAAGAUGGAGCAGUUGAGUAGAGCUCUCAAAGAAACUGAAGGAGGCUGUCCAGAUACCACUUUCAUUGAAGAUGCAGUUCAUGUGCUCUUAAAAACUCGACGCAUUCUCAAGUGUUCUUAUCCAUAUGGAUUCUUCUUAGAACCUAAAAGCACAAAGAAAGAAAUUUUUGAACUAAUGCAAACAGACCUAGAAAUGGUCACUGAAGACCUUGCCCAGAAAGUCAAUAGGCCUUACCUUCGCACACCCCGCCACAAGAUCAUCAAGGCGGCAUGCCUUGUCCAGCAGAAGAGACAAGAAUUCCUGGCCUCCGUGGCCCGGGGCGUGGCUCCUGCAGAUUCUCCAGAGGCUCCGAGGCGCAGCUUUGCUGGUGGAACCUGGGAUUGGGAAUAUUUAGGAUUUGCAUCACCUGAGGAAUAUGCCGAGUUCCAGUAUCGGAGGCGGCACAGGCAGCGCCGCCGCGGGGACGUGCACAGUCUGCUCAGGAGCGCUCCCGACCCCGACGAGCCAAGCGAAAGCACUUUAGAUGUUUCGGAAGGCGGCAGCGGCCGCAGGCCUGGCACGUCCGUGGUAAGUUCUGCCUCCAUGAGUGUUCUGCACAGCUCCUCCUUGCAAGACUACACCCCUGCCAGUCGCUCGGAAAACCAGGACUCUCUUCAGGCCCUGAGUUCCUUGGAUGAAGAUGACCCCAACAUACUUCUCGCAAUACAGUUGUCGCUGCAGGAGUCUGGGCUGGCCAUGGACGAGGAGACGAGAGAGCCCCUCCGCAGCGAAGCGUCCCUGGGAGCGAUAGGCACUUCUCUGCCUUCCAGGCUGCACUCGCUCCCCCGGAGCUCAGAGAGCCCUCGGGCCGCACUGAGCAGCUCCGAGCUCUUGGAACUCGGUGACAGCCUCCUGAGGCUAGGAGCAGAGCGCGACCUGUUUUCGGCUGACACGGGGAGUUCACACCCUCCCCACGAGGCGGGCAGUGGUCUCUGCCCCUCUUCCAGUGACCCUGACUCAGCCGGCCAGGACCCCAGCAUCAACGACAAUCUGCUCGGCAAUAUCAUGGCUUGGUUUCACGACAUGAAUCCGCAGAGCAUCGCCCUGAUUCCCCCCGCGGAGAGCAGUGCAGAACCGCAGCUCCCGUGUGCCAAAGCCGGGUCAGAGGACGCGGGGCACGUGGAGCCAGCGCCGCUGCAGGAAGACUCCGUGUGCCAGGAUACUGGGGUCCCUGAGGGGAGAGGCAGCCAGGCAGAAGACGCGCCCUCGGGAGGAAGCCUUCCGGCUGAGGAAGCGGCGCCUCCAGCCGGUGACAGUGGCCGUGAAGCAGCUAGCAGAGGGGCUGGCUCAGGGGGUUCCAGUCAGACGCCUCAAGCCUCCAGUGACUGGCUGGAGCAGGUGCACCUGGUGUGAGCGCACACGCGGGCUCUAGGAGUCACUGCAGGGACAGGGGUGCCAGGCCGAGCGUGCGUCACAGAGACUUUGAUUCGCUCAACCCCCAACUCAGUGACAAGCCACCGACCCUGGGGUUCCCUACAAAGCAGUUCCCUGAAGUGGUAGCUUCGUUCUCGAUUGUAACCAUCCAGGGAAUGCGUUCCGUGUUUAAGUGGAUAGCUUUGCCCCCAUUUUGCUGACAGAAGAGCGGGAGAGAAAGAAACACAGAGUAAACGGGCCGUGUUCCACGUUCUAAGAAAAAGCAGCCCUCUGUUUCGCCCGGGCUGCAGUGCUCACAUGGACCAUUCCAGUGCGAGGCUGCCCUCCUGGUUUGGGGGUGGCUUUCCUUUAAAACCACCCUCCCGCCCAUCUGCUUCAUCCGAGCGGUUCCUUCGGACAGACCCGGUGAGCCGUGCGUCCGCAGGCACCUCCUGCCCCGCCUGCCCCGCCGUCACUGCCCCCUUCCCCUUGUUGUCUGAGCGGCGUGAACUGCGCUAACCACGGCUUCUCUGUAGUGCCGCAUCUGCCACAGCGUAGUGAGUUCUCAUUUUCACCUGAAUCAGAGAUUUCUUUUCACGACCCUUUCCAGCCCCAUUGUGCCAAACUCUGACUUGUGCACUGACUGACAAGGCGUGUAGGUGUGCAGUGUCCUAGCGCGCUCAGGGCAGCGCCAGCGGUCCCGGGAGUAAAAGGUGCCACUUGGUAGCAAAGAGAUUCCGGAACUUAAUGGGCUUUUGUUGCCAUGGAGACUGCAUUUAAAUAAAUGUAGCCUGUAGCUUAAGUUAACUAAACCUAAUGCUGCUGUUAAAAACAGUUUAUUUUAAUACGAAAAUACAGUUGAUUAGCAACAGCGGUGCUGUAUUUUAAGAGACACUUUAUUGGAAGUGCAAUCAUAGUUCUUUGUUUUCACAAUUUUACAGUGCAUUCUAAUUACUAAUGGGUGCAAUUACUUUUAAUGGUAAGUGUUUUAUAAAAUAGAAAAAAAAGUGGAGUUUUCAUGAGUUAUAGUAAAUCCCACAAUUAUUUAAAAAUUCAAUAAAACAUCCUGCGCAACAUGUUUUACCGUGCCUUUGCCUAACCUGAAUGGAUAGUUGCCAGUUAAAUAAGUGAGUAAUUCAAAUUUCAGUGUCUCUUCUGAAAUAACUAUGCUAUGAAUUGCAGAGACCUCCAUAAAACCACCCAUGGCCUUGCCUUUACAGUAAAUAAAACAACUAAAUGUUCAGUUUGUUUGCCUAAAUUGCCAAUGCUGAUGUGUGUGUGUUCUAUUGCACAAUACUCAUUUGCUGUGUGAUUACUGUUCAGUGUUGAAAAAAAAAUCAACUUCCUAGUUAUCAGUGUCUUACUGUGAAGCAAAUACUGAUCUUAGUUGUAAUUAAGAUACAGUGGUACAGUGUGUAAUUAAAACUAGAGAAAACUGUUGGAAUGGCUGUUUUACUUACAUAUUCUCAGCGCUAGCAUUACAUAAGCAAAGUAGAUCUGCGCAACACCCUGUUUCUGUUUGGCCAGAUGGUUAGCAGGAAUCUGCAGAUACCAGGAUGUCGGCACUGACUUGUACGGGCAAGCCCUGGGUCCGGGGAAAGGUUCUGUUAGUAGCGAUAGCCUCAUGAGUUGUGAUGAUGAUUUUUGAUUACUUUUUACUUUUUUUUGCCCCCAAACCCUGCUUUUAAAAUAUUUUUGUAUUGUGACUUCACAUGGCAAGAACAUUUUAAUGAAAAUAUUUGAUAUUCCCAGGUUCUGCUAGGAUAAAGUGUGUGAGGAUUGUUCCUAUGCCAUGGAUAGCAAAAGGUCCACAUUCGGUUUUGUUUCUCCAGUUACCAGACUCUUGAUGCCAAUCCCUACGGAGUUAGCGGGGGACUUUAUCUACAGUGUAUUACUGUAUGUUAAACUGAACUAGUCCAUUCAAGGAUUUUUUUUACAAAUUUAUUUUGGAGUAAAAAAUCUCAACACCAGUAAUUUGUAGACCAUGCUGUGAGUUUCCAGUCGAGAGAGUCUGCAUCACGCGGAGGCGUCUCGCGCAGCUGCGGGCAGGGGAGAACGCCUGUCCUGUGUGGAGGCAGCGCCUGCAGCGGCGCCUAGGGCCUUGCACCCUGUGCAGUUUCUGUGCCGUUCUCUCCUGAGCAUGAAAAAUGAUCAUCAUCCAAUUUGUAUUUCCUUGGGACAUACUUUAAAAACAACACAGUCAUUGACUUUACAAUUCAGUAAUAAAGUUUGGCAAAGCCUAUUUUGUAAACAGUUAAUUUUAUAAUGUUAAAAAAAAAAGUUAAUCUAACCUUGACUUGUUAUUUGCACUUUCAUAGUCUAUACUUGAUACAUUCCCACUUUAUAUACGGUAGGACUCUACAAACGUGUAGAUGUUGGCCAAAUGAAUGCUGUUAAUAAUAUGUAAAAUUCUUUGAUUAAACAUUUAUUACUUAAACUA